GCUCAGCAUUGCAGAGAUUCUUUGUUGAAAGCAUGGAACACUGCAAGCAAAGUCAGUUCAACCACUGUUCACGCUUCAACCGCUGCUCUCUCUCUCUCUCUCCCUCUCCUGUGACUGCUGCCAGCGAGUCCUUCACAAAGAGACCUGUCAGGAUUGUGUGCUCAUCUUGCAGUGGUGUUGAGGCUGAUCAGUCUGCGGUAUGGGUUGUUUUGCCUCCAGGUCCUCCAUUGCAGUGCAACCACUCGACGACACUGGAGCUCAACAAGAUCCUGCUGAUGCUGACAGGGCUGCUGAUGUACCCUCCCAACAGCCACCCAACAUGCAAGUGUUCAUUGGGAAUCGAUUCCCAGCUCGGCAAGAAAGCUACACUAGUGCUAUCAUGUUCAGACGUCCCCGACACAUCCCAGACAUGUUCUUCAGUGAUAGUUUCAGCCUUUCUGCAGCACAACCACCAGACACUGGAGCAGCUCAACAAGGAACAAAGAAAUAUUCUUCAGCCUCCGAUUCUCAAGAAGAGAUUGAAAGGAUGCUUGCCCUUGAUUCCCGCCGACGCAAACACAUGUCCUUCGCUGCAGUGCAUCCACUCCAAACUGGGGCUGAAGGUGGUGAAAGGCCUCCCCAAACAACCCCCAGUGUUUUCUUCAGUGGUGGUCCCGGCCCUUCUACUGCAGCACAACCACCAAACACUGGAGCUCAACAAGGGACGGACCAGUCUUCCUCUGAUGUCCCCUCCUCACAAAAUCUACCCAGCAUCUGCGUCAGUGUUAGUUCCCCACGCAGGUUCUCCACUGCAGUACAUCCACUCAACACUGGAGCUCAACAAGGUGCUGGCAGACCUUCCCAACAGCUUACUGUACCCAAUGUUUUCUUCAGUGGUAGUCCUCCUCCCACUCCAGCACAACCACCAGACACUGGAGCUCAGCAAGGUAGACCAGUAUCAGACCCAGCGGAGGAGGACACUGCUCAACAAGGGACGGACCAGUCUUCCUCUGAUGUCCCCUCCUCAUCUCCUUCCAAGAAUGUACCCAGCAUCUGCGUCAGUGUUACUUCCCCCCCACGCAGGUUCUCCACUGCAGUACAUCCACUCAACACUGGAGCUCAACUAGGUGCUGGAAGACCUUCCCAACAGCUUACUGUACCCAGUGUUUUCUUCAGUGGUGGCUCCCCCUCCACUCCAGCACAACCACCAGACACUGGAGCUCAGCAAGGAACGGACCAGUCCUCCUCUGAUGUCCCCCCUCCUCCUUCCCACAAUAUACCCAGCAUUGUCAUCAGUGAGAGUUCCUCUGAUGUCCCUCCAUCCUUUCACUCCGAAGAGCUAGAAGAGUUGAUACUGAAGAUGUUUGCUGAUGCCGCUCUCCGCUCUCCCAAGCACAGAUCCAGGAGGGCCUGCACUGAAGAUGCUGAUGACGGGGCCUCUUAUCCUUGGCCUUCACAAAAUGUAAUUUUCAUCAAUGAUGGUUCUUCCGCUGUUGCAAAACGACCACUCAGCACUAGAGCGCAACAAGGUACUGAUGAGCGAGCAGAUAGCCCUUUAACAUUUUCCCAAAAGGCCACUAACUUGUUGCUAAUGAUGCGCCAGAUGUUAUCCCGUCAUAAAGUACAGCCACUCGACCUUUACCUUGAGUUGCAACCGGGUGUGGAUGAUGACAAUAUUUCACCUUUCCUCGACUUGUCCCCUUCUGAACAAGCCACUGCAGUGAUGCAUGAUUUAUUCUUCAGUGCUGAAACUCCAUCCAUGGUUCAACUAUCACCUCUCCUAUGUGGAGGUCAACUAGAUACUGAGACUGAUGAUGUCUUCUCAGCCAGUGGAGAGGAACCCAACGCCCACCCAAUGCUCAUCAGAGCUCAACAAGUUGCAGGGACACCUGCUGAGUACUCCCCACGGGAUAUCCCCCACUCCUAUUUCAUGAAGAGGAGGAAUGCUACCACCAUCACUCACCAAGAGCUCAUCCAGGAUAUACUGGCUCUAAUACAAGUGGAUGGAGCUAGGAAGAAGGUGUCAUCACUCAAAGGACCAAUAGCCAGUGUUCUUCCCCCCGAAAAACCUUCAAGUCCCGAACAUAGAUAUCCUGAAAUAAAUAUGCAGCUGCCUGUGUAUCAGUCCAUACCAAAGCCAUUGAAUCCCAGGCCGAAGUAUCGCAAACCACCACCGAAACAGAAAUAUCAACAAAAGCGUUUGUUACCUACUGAUUCUCAGAAGGAGUUCUUUAAAAUGCUAGAAAAGAAAAUCAAUGAAGGACCCGACUGUGACCCAACAAAAGAUAAGGAUGAGAAUAAGGAUGACAAAGAUGAGGACGACCAAGAUGAUGGAGAGAUUCGUGUGAUAGGGUGAAUCACCUCGGCUAUGGACUGACUGUAUCGUUACUAGGCAACAAUUCAAUUCAUUUUGAUUUCAUCUCUAUUUCUUUUUAAAUUUUAAACAAUUAAUUGCUUCUCAAAAUUAA